UGACGUAGUCCGGCUGGAGCUCGAGGUGUUUAUUGUUCCUUCCCGUCGAGGAGAGAAAAGGGCUGGCUUAGCGGAGGCAAAUAUCACACACUUUACCCUGCGAUUUUCGGUUCAAGGAGCCGUUUUAAAAAGGCCAGAACAGGUUGAUACAGGACCAGUUGGCCAUGGCGUACGCGUACCUCUUCAAAUACAUCAUAAUCGGAGACACGGGUGUGGGGAAAUCAUGCCUAUUAUUACAGUUUACAGAUAAGCGCUUUCAGCCGGUGCACGAUCUCACUAUCGGUGUUGAAUUUGGAGCACGAAUGAUCACUAUAGAUGGCAAACAGAUAAAACUUCAGAUUUGGGAUACGGCCGGGCAGGAGUCUUUUCGCUCCAUCACCAGGUCUUACUACAGAGGUGCAGCCGGGGCUCUACUAGUAUAUGACAUCACAAGAAGGGACACCUUUAAUCACUUGACAACCUGGUUAGAAGAUGCUCGUCAACAUUCCAACUCUAACAUGGUCAUCAUGCUCAUUGGAAAUAAAAGUGAUUUAGAGUCACGGAGAGAAGUGAAGAAAGAGGAAGGAGAGGCCUUCGCCAGAGAACACGGUCUGAUUUUUAUGGAGACCUCUGCAAAGACCGCAUCAAAUGUAGAAGAGGCAUUUAUCAACACAGCCAAGGAGAUAUAUGAAAAGAUUCAGGAAGGAGUCUUUGAUAUAAACAACGAGGCCAACGGUAUUAAGAUCGGACCCCAGCAUGCUGCCACCAACUCUACGAUGGGAGGCAGUCAGGGAGGACAGCAAGCUGGAGGAGGCUGUUGCUGAGCACUACCCUUUACCCUCCAGUCUUCUCCAGCCCCCCUUACGUUUCUACUGGACUGGUCGGGCUGACUAACAUUUUCUUAACCCUUCCACAGCCCAGGCCCCUGAUUCAAAUCGUAUAAUAGGUGGCUGUCCAAAAAAUAUUUAUAAGUCCAGGUCCUCUACAAACCGCCUGACAAACUCCUAAAGCCUGUUUGGGCUACAGCAGACAUUAUAUGGUUGGUAGUAAGGAAAAAGUUAGGAGCUUUGGAAUUAUUAUGGUAGAUAUAUUCAUGUUUGUUUCUCAACAAGUUGGUUUUUUUUCAAUGUUUUGUUUUUGCCCGAUUGACUUCAAUCUGAACUGUAUUAAACACUACAAAGUCAUCUAUAGUAUUUUAAUCGGUUUAUGUGGGUGAAUUCUUUGAAAACUGUGGUGAACCCUGAAGUCAAAAUAAAAGAAAGGAAGUGCUGUACGUAAAAGAAACGGCUAUUAUCAAAGUGAAGAAUUUAAAAGAAGAAAAAAGCAGGACUGUUUUAAAUCUGUAUUUAUCAUUCACAUUCUGUAUAUAAAGUUAUCUUCUCUUGCUUUGGUGUACGUUGACCGAGCUAGAAUUCUGUUCUGAAUUUGCUUAAAUUCUAUACCGUAUGAAUAGAGCUUGAAACUGCAACAGUAUUGCGAUAUUUCCAAAUCUGCUUCGACACCAUUUUAAGGUAAAAUUUUAAUUCAUUUCUUUUAGUUUGGUCCUGCCAUCUGCCUUGACCCAUCAUAUCUGUGCCCCUCAUCCUGCUCUCUGUAUAGAAACUCUGGCUCUAUAUACCUAUUUUAAUGCCAAAUUUGUGUUAACCUGUGUUCUAAAAUCACAGCUCCAGAUAUGGAUCACAUCUCCGGAACACAUCUGCUGUUUGCCUUAAAAUAUUUUGGGACAUCAAAAGAAUAACAUAAUCAUUUCAGUAAUUACAUGCAAUUAUAUAUUGCACAUGAUAACGCUAGACUUACUUAUCCAUUAGACAGACACACAGACACGUACAUGCCUAUACCUAUAUUAUCCAUAAAGGUUAUCACAUAUGCAUGCAUUUGUAUGCAUAUAAGUAUAUAUUUUCCCUCUUUUUCUUCAAUGCAGUCUGCUGUGUAACGUCAGUGCAGAGCCACAUUAAUUUAAGUGUCUGAGUGAUUUUGUAAAGACUUGCUUUCUCUUGGCACUAUGUUGUUAAUAGAUAUGUGGUGGACAUCUUGUCUGUUGUGAAAGGGGUGUGAUAAAGCCAAACCUGGAGUAACUUUGUGACCCUCACCUUUAUUUGCUGUGUUCUCAAAAUGAAAUGCUAUCACGAAAAAAAUAUAAUAAAACCGUCUAAACUCA